AUGGCAGGCAAUCUGGAGGAAGAAGAAUACGAUUAUCUCUUCAAAAUCGUACUCGUAGGAGAAAGCGGUGUCGGAAAAUCCAACAUCCUGUCAAGAUUUACCAAAAACGAGUUCAACCUUGAAAGCAAAGCCACAAUUGGAGUAGAAUUUGCAGCUAAAUGCAUCCAGCACGAAGGCAAAGCUAUAAAAGCACAGAUCUGGGACACAGCUGGGCAAGAGCGCUUCAGAGCAAUUACUUCUUCUUAUUAUAAAGGCGCAAUGGGCGCUCUCUUAGUUUAUGAUAUUUCGAAACAUGCGACAUUCGAAAAUUUAGACAGGUGGGUCAAUGAGGUCAGGUCAUUUACUCAGCCAGAUUUAGCAAUAAUUUUGGUUGGAAAUAAGUGUGAUAUGGCCUAUGCUAGAGAAGUGGCUCAAGAUGAAGCUAUUAGGUACGCCCAACAACAAAAAAUCCCAUUUUUUGAAACAAGUGCUUUGGACUGCACCAAUGUAGAAGUGGUGUUUAGGGAACUGCUUAUUACUAUUGCAAGGCGAACUGAUGCAAGUUUUGAUACGAAAGGAGCUGAUAAAGUAGAUAUUUCAAAGAUUAAUACGAUUAAGCUGGGAACUGUGGAGAAAAAGAAGAAAGGAUGCUGUAAGGGUUAA